UUGCGCCCUUUUGAAAAAAGUAGUCAAUCCAAACAGUUCCUAAUCUCGGUAACGAUCUGUUUGGAUGCUGCGUUUUUCUUACAAAUAGUCUGCUUUUGCUCCCUUUUCCAAAAAGUUAUCAAUCCAAACAGUUCCUAAUUGCGCGUCUGUUUUUGCUCCCUUUUCCAAAAAGUUAUCAAUCCAAACAGUUCUUAAUUGCGCGAAUGAACUGUGUUUCGUUUUGGUUUUGAAUGUAACUGAGAUAUGCAGAGGCAAGUCGUGAACACGACGUUUAAUGAAUCGUGGUCUCUUUCGCUGCUAUCGCUCUCUCUCCACUCGCGCUCUGCCAAUUCAAGAGACCCCACAAUUCAAGCUUUUUCAAUCCAACAAGAGGAUUCAAGAGCUUGGGAGGCUCGGCCGAGUCGAUGAAGCCCGCAAACUGUUUGAUGAUAUGAUUCAGAGAGACUCUGUAGCUUGGAACACUAUGAUUUCUGGGUACUCUCAAAAUGGCCGAUUGGAGGAGGCUCGAGCGCUCUUUGACUCGUUUGCAGGCAAGAAUGUGAGGACUUGGACUUCAAUGUUAACUGGGUAUUCCAAAUAUGGCCGAAUUGAGGAGGCUCGUUGGGUGUUUGAGUCUAUGCCUGAGCGAAACAUUGUUUCUUGGAACGCUAUGGUUAGUGGGUAUGUCCAAAAUGGUGAUUUGUGCAAUGCUCGUAGGUUGUUUGAUCAGAUGGGGGAGAGAAAUAUUGUGUCUUGGAAUUCAAUUAUUACUGGGUAUUGUCAUUGUUGUCGAAUGAGGGAAGCUCGAGAGUUGUUUGAUCAAAUGCCUGAAAGAAAUUCAGUUUCUUGGAUGGUUAUGAUUUCUGGGUAUGUUCAGAUUAAUGAUUUUAAAGAAGCUUGGGAUGUGUUUGUGAGGAUGCAUAGAAGUGAGGUUAGGCCUGACCAGUCAAUCUUUGUUGUAGCAUUUUCAGCGAUUACGGGUUUAAAUGAUUUUGAAUUGAUUGGGAGUUUAAGGACACUUGCCAUGAAGAUGGGUCUUGAGAGUGAUGUGGUUGUUGGCACAGGAAUCUUAAAUGCGUAUACUAGAAGUGGGUGUUUGGAGGUUGCUAUGAAUUUUUUUGAAUCGAUGGCAGAAAGGAAUGAAUUUACUUGGACCAGCAUGAUUGCAGCCUUUUCGCAGUGCGGCAGAUUUGGUGACGCAAUCGCAUUGUCUAGAAGGGUUCCCGAGAAGAGUGUGUCUACACAGACUGCAACUAUGACUGCAUAUGCCCAGAAUGGGAGAAUUGGACAAGCAAAACAAAUAUUUGAUGAGAUACCAAACCCUAAUGUUGUUGCAUGGAAUGCUAUGCUUGCUGGGUAUGCCCAAAAUGGAAUGCUUGAAGAAGCAAACAACUUGUUUUUGCGAAUGCCUAGUACGAAUUCUGCUUCUUGGGCAGCCAUGAUUGCGGGGCUUGUGCAAAACGGACAAAGUAAGGAAGCUGUAGAACUGUUAGCUGAGCUCCAUAGAUCAGGAGCUGUUCCAAGUCAUUCCAGUUUCACGAGUGCUCUCUCCGCGUGUGCCAACAUUGGAGCCAUUGAGAUGGGUCGACAAAUACACAGUCUCUCCAUUAAAAGUGGAUGUCAAUUUAAUUCAUAUGUUGGAAAUGGGUUGAUAUCCAUGUAUGCCAAGUGCAAGAGCAUAGAAGAUGUUUCUCAGAUGUUCUGUAGAAUGAGACACAGAGAUAUUGUCUCUUGGAACUCCCUCAUCACUGGCCUUUCAGAGAAUCACAUGUUGGAUGAUGCUCGUAAUACUUUUGAGAAGAUGCCUAAGCGGGAUGUUGUGUCUUGGACUGCCAUUAUAUCAGCUUAUGUCCAAGCCCGUAAUGGAGAAGUGGCUUUGCAAUUGUUCCUUGACAUGUUAGCCCAUGGAAUAAAUCCAAAUGAACUGACAGUUACUAGCCUCCUAAGUACCUGCGGGAGCCUAGGUGCUACUAAGCUUGGUGAACAAAUACAUGCCUUGAUAUAUAAAUUUGGAUUCAAUUCAUAUGUCUGUGUUGGUAAUUCUCUGGUAACAAUGUACUUCAAGUGUGGGUGUGAGGAUGGAUUUUCACUAUUUGAGGAGAUGGGUGAACAAGACAUCGUUACAUGGAAUGCAAUUCUAGCUGGCUGUGCACAAAAUGGAUUUGGGGACAAGGCUAUCAAGAUUUUUGAAAAAAUGAAGACCAACGGUGUAGUUCCUGAUCAAAUUAGUUUUCUUGGGAUUUUGUCUGCUUGUAGCCAUUCAGGGUUGGUAGAUGAAGGAUUGGGGUAUUUCAAUUCAAUGAGCCAAGAUCAUGAUAUUUUGCCAUUAGUUCAUCACUAUACUUGUAUGGUUGAUCUUCUUGGGUGGGCUGGACGGCUCUCUGAAGCAGAGUCUCUUAUUGAGAACAUGCCCAUAGAGGCAGAUUUGGUGAUAUGGGAAGCUCUUCUUGCUGCUUGUAGAUUCCAUCGUAAUAUCAAACUGGGGCAAAAAGUUGCAGAAAGGCUCGUUCAAAUGGGUACACAGAAAUCUGGGCCUUAUGUCUUAUUAUCAAAUUUAUAUGCUUCUCAUGGCAUGCAGGACAAAGUAAGGGAAAUACAGAAAUCAAUGGUUGAUCGAGGAGUGAGUAGAGAACAAGGAUUGAGCUGGAUUCAGAUCAAGAGUAAGCUUCACUAUUUCCUCACAGGGGAUAAGACACAUAAUCAGAUUAAAAAUAUUUACUCGGUGUUAAUGGAAUUUUAUGGGCACUUUCAAGCAACGGGUUAUGUCCCAGACACAGACUUUGUUCUGCAUGAUGUGGAGGAGAAGCAAAAGCAAAAUGAGCUUCUCUACCACAGCGAAAAGCUUGCUGUUAUCCUCGGGAUCUUGAGCACACCUAAUGGAUCACCUAUUCGGAUUUUGAAGAACUUGAGGAUUUGCUGCGACUGUCACAAUUUUAUGAAAUAUUUGUCCAAGGUUACUGGGAGGAAGAUUGUCAUUCAAGAUGGAAAUAGAUUCCACCACUUUCUUGAUGGUUCAUGUUCAUGUAGGGAUUAUUGGUGAUGCAGUCAUCAUUUUGAGAUGGUUCAAACUCAGUGGGAUGGCUUUAAAAUAUGAGCAGUAAUCCUCAAUUUCAACUAAAUGGAUCAGAAAUUUUAUUUCUGAGUUUGAAGGUGGAAAGAUUUUCCCACUGGCAGCUCAUUGAAUUCAACACUGAUGGUGGUGCAUCGGUCUGGAAAUGAUUGGAGACAUGAAUUUGGACAAUAGAAGAAAAGUUUUGAUGAAUUGUGUAUUUUUGCUGACGUAUAUUGACAUAUCUUGUUGUAAUAAAAAUUACAGCAAGCAAACUCAUUACAGGAAACCAUGACAGAAGAAUCGGACUUGAAAAUGUUUGAUGUGGAAUGGAUUAUAACAUCUACACGAGUGAGCAGAUUAUAAAGGGAUAUAUAUUUACCCAAAAUUGUUAAUGAAGCAUUCGUAUCGAUUAAACAA